AGUACUAAGCAGGAGAACCCAUAACCUUUAGCCGGUCUGAGAGAAAAUGUGUUUUAUCUCGGACAAACCUUUUCUAGAGAUUUGUAUAUGAUGAACUAUGAUGUUUGCCCUAGUUCGAUGAUAACCCGGUAAUGAGAAAUCAGAAGAAAUGUCAAUUUAUCCAUUCUCCCUUGUCAUAAACGAUGAACUACAACAUUAUGAUGGCCGGAAGAACUGACUGCGAGGGCGGUGUUCUUUCACUGAUACGGCAAAUUGCCCGAUCAAGUUCUAGUUUGGCACUUCCGAGGAAUCUCUAGUCAUGGGACGAGCGUUGCUUUAGAUGAUCCGACACUCAACGUAAAACUCAUCGAACUUCACAUAAUAGGAUAAGAGUUCAAUACGUGGUUGUACCUACUAUUAUAACAUCAUAGUAUUCUUAGAGAAAUUUUCAUUCUCCCCACACCCAAAUAAAUAGCCAUCCUGCUUCUCAUCUACUGCACGGUUUUGGGGCUAUGCAAGUAAUGGUUUUGGGUUAGGUAGUUGAGCUUUCUGAAGAUAUCGGGCAGAUAAAUGGACCACCCGGAAGAGGUGGGGGGCCAGGGGCUUGUAGUAGCCAUAGCUUCGGAAGCUUCAAAAAUGGAAACUUUAUAUGUAAUAUCGGCUAAAGGGUUUUUAAAAAUUUAAACUUGAAAUCGAAGUGGGUUAAUUAAAUGAUAAUUUUAUUUGUACAUUAACUUUUAACACUCACGGCAAUGAAAAACAUGGAAAAGCAAAAAUAAAAAGAAAGAAACGUUCAAUGGGAGUGGGGCUAUAAAUAGAAGAAUUGUCAAUUUGUGAAGAUGCAAUGUGGUCUUUUCAUCACCAUGCUCUUCAUUAAAUGCAUGAAAAUGCCAACAAAAAUUGCAUUAUCCGGUGGGCAGUUGGGACCGAGAUGUAAUAGAUUUGGCCUCAUUAUUGAAGCACGGUCUUCCCUUGAAUCCAGGCUUUCAGAUUUAAAUCUUUAAAAGUCGAUUACAGGGUUUUAGAUUCAUGUUUUUCAUUCACUUCUGUUAUUGUCAAAAUAAAAUAAUUAAAAUUUGUGAGGUGGGUCCACUUGAGUUUGGUGUCGGGUGAAAUUGGGUUGCCGUAAGAGAUGUCGCCUAAAGGGAGGUUGCCGUUAGGAUGCUCAUCGCAAGGAUCUGCCACUAGCUCUUGCCAUUAGGUCUCACUCUUGUCAUUAGUUUUCGCCACAAGCUCUUGCCACUAGCAUUCGUUUCAAGCUCUUGCCACUAGGUCUCGCUCUUGCCACUAGCUUUUGCCACAAGCUCUUGCCACUUGCAUUCGCCACAAGCUCUUGCCACUAACUUUCGCCACUAACUCUUGCCAUUAAGCUUUUGCCACAAGCUCAUGCCGCUAAGUCUUGCCGCAAGAUCUUGUCACUAAGCUUUCGCCACAAGCUCUUGCCACUAGCUUUCGCUGUAAGGUCUCGCCGCAAGAUUUCGCUGCAAGGUUUUGGCCCUAUUGCUGCUCAAAAAAUGGGUUAGAAGGCUCACAAGAAUCUUCCCGGCGAAGACCCUCCGAUGCCAAAAUCAGUCCCGAAUCCCAAUGACUAUUCACAAAAAUAGUAGAAGUGUAUUCAAAGUGUCCAGAUUUUACCAAAGUUGUAAGUCCUGUUCACUAUCUUGUAGCUGGAUAUUUAUAGGGCGCGAUUUUUAAGGAUGGCUGGUGUCGACACAUAGCACUUGCCGAGUGGGGCUCUUUGGCGUUUUUGGAAGAUGUACGUUGCCGCGAGGCCCUUGGGCCUGCCGCAGGGCCGUGCUGGUCGCAAGGCCCUCUUGGGCGACGCACGCGACAAUGGUUUUGCCACAAGCAAGCUUGCGGCAGUGUGCCACAAACCCGCGGCACAUCAUAUUGCCGCGAGCCCAUCCUUGGUGACUCGCGGCAAAGUGCCACGAGCUCGCAGCUCAGCAAAACAAUUGUCGCGAGCCACAUGCUAGUUUCCGGUGCUCGCGACAAUUUGCCGCAAGCUCGCGGCACAUUGCCGCAAGCUUCCGUGCUUGCGGUAAUGUGCCAUAAGCUCGCGGCACAUCGCGGCAGUGCUUUGGCAAAAAAAUUUCUCUAAAAUCUUUCGAUUUCUUUGGCACAACAAUUUCAUUUUUUCUAAAUCAUUUGAAGCGUUCCAAGAUUGAAAUACAAUCUGAAUAUAGAUAAACAUUAUACGAUAUACACAGAUAUGUAUAUUCAAACAAGAGAUAUGAAUGUUUUAUCAGAUCUCUAAUAAUAUAACAUCCAAGCGAAGAUAAUUAUAGAUAUUUGUUAUUCUUUACUAGAAAUGGGUAAAAGGACAGAAAGGGUAAACAAGUAUAUUAGAUAGGAUAGGAGAAAUAGGAUGGUGUUACCGGAAAAAGCUCUGUUUUUUAACUUGAGAUGGCCAUUGGUUUAUCAUCCUUGGAAGGUUUGGAAGCAAGCUUUAAUUCAUUUUCAUGGUGUCAAAUCGUAAUUUACAUUCAUUCGUUUUCAUUUUCAACCUUUUUUUCAGUUUGUUCGUCAAAAACCUUUCUAUUAACCAGCGCCAUUGCCUUAAAUUCUCCUCCGUUUUACACCCUGCAAGCCAUCAACAUCCUCUCCCGGGUCCCCAGGAGGACUCCCUCUUUCCCAUCAGAUUCCCGCUUCAUUUUCCGGGAAAACUGUCGGGUCCCUGGCUCUGUGAUCUCUUCUUUCUUGUAUUGGAAAAUGGGUGGGUGUUGUAGCGUCGGCGCCAGGCUUGAAGGGUUCACGGAGGAGGAGACGCCUUACGAUGAAAAACAAAGAGGGGGUAGAGAGGUGGAUGAUCGGGUUAGGAAUGGGGUUAAGGUGAGGUUGGAAGGAUCGUCCAGGCUUGUAUCCAUGUUCAGCCAGCAAGGCAAAAAAGGAAUCAACCAAGACGCCAUGACCGUUUGGGAGAAUUUCAAUGGCGAAAAAGAUGCCUACUUCUGUGCUGUGUUUGAUGGCCACGGCCCAUUAGGACACAAAGUGGCACAAGAAGUUCGCCAUUCCUUGCCAAGGAAACUGUGCUCGGUCUAUAAACAGACACAAAUCAACAAAUCCAGCGGCAAAAUUGAUGCUAAAGACGAUGAAAACAAUCCAUUCUUUUCUUCAUGGAAGACCAGUUUAAUACAAACCUACGAAGAGGUAGACAAAGGCCUGGAUCUUGAUGUUGCUCUUGAUGCAUACUGCAGUGGCAGCACCUCAGUCGCCGUGCUCAAACAGGGUGAGCAUCUGGUGAUUGCAAACUUGGGGGAUUCACGGGCAGUUCUUUGCCGUAGAAAUGACAAAAAUCAACUAGUUUCCGAACAACUUACUGUGGAUUUGAAACCAAAUCUUCCAAAUGAAGCCGAGCGAAUUAAGAAUUGCGAAGGCAGAGUUUUCGCAAUGGAGGGAGAACCAGAAGUCUUUCGAAUAUGGAUGCCACAGGAAAAUUGCCCCGGUCUGGCUAUGGCUAGAGCAUUCGGGGACUUCUGCUUGAAAGAUUUUGGCCUAAUUUCAACCCCAGAAGUUUCUUAUAGAAAGCUUACAGAUAAAGAUGAAUUUUUGGUGCUGGCAACCGAUGGGGUGUGGGACGCUUUGUCAAACAAUGAAGUGGUAAAGAUUGUUGCUUCAGCAAAGAAACGAUCAACAGCCGCCAGGCUGCUGGUGGACCGGGCUGUAAGAGCAUGGCGGCACAAGUAUCCGGCCUCGAAAGUCGACGAUUGUGCAGUGAUCUGCUUGUUUCUGAACAACCGGCCUCUGCUAACCAAAUCAAUGUCAGAAGCAAGCCGGUUCAGCACGAGUUACUCCGAGUUUGGAGCUCCCAAGAACUUGAGGACAGACGACGGCCUCGACACAGUCAUAAACUGCGAGACUGGAGCUGGCCAGCCAGGAAGUUCUUUGAAGAAGCUUUCUCGAUCAGUUAGUCAGGGAAUUAGUCAAAGAAGAAUACGACCAAGGGGGGUGUCAAAUAGGUGAAAGAAUGAACAUUGAUUCAUUGUUGAUUGAUCCUACUUUCAGACAUUCACUUGAUUCCAGAGCGGUCUGUUCACAGAACCAAUCUGUACAUCGUUCAAAGAAACGUUUGAAGAAGCAGCGGCCUCUAGAGAAGGUAAAUACUGGUAGUAGUGGUAGAAAAUUUAUAAAGAAGUGAAGCCUUGUUCAUACAAAUGUUUGCUUUGCUUUCUGUAUCUGCUCUGAAUCACCAUGUUGAAGACUGGAAUUUCCCUAAUAAAUUUGUUUAAACCCAUU